AUGGUAUUGGCUUGCGACACAGACUUCACCCGGGCGAAGGCUUUUUGCUUUUACGAUGAAUCAUCCGGAGCCUGGUUAUCGGUACCGUCUUUUGUACCGAGUGGCAAAAACGCCGAUCUUUUUCUAUCCGUGAUCAUACCUGCCCGAAAUGAAGCCGCAAACAUUGGUGCGUUGCUAACCGCGCUUCAACACCAGGACUAUCCUUCUCAUCUUGUUGAAGUAAUUGUAGUAGAUGAUCAUUCUGAUGAUGACACAGCCAGGAUUGUAACAGGUUUCCCAAAUGUAAAACUGGUACGUCUUGGUAAUGAUAUUACCAACUCAUACAAGAAAAAAGCGAUCGAGGUGGGUAUUGCCGCUGCAUCGGGAGAAAUGAUAGUUUGUACUGAUGCGGACUGUGUGCCACCGCCGGCAUGGUUACGCACGAUGGCAUUGUUUAAAAAAGAAAAGGACAGCGUUUUUAUUGCUGCCCCGGUUUCGAUUGACGGAAAGAAAACGCUCGUGCAG